UCAAAAUAAAAUAAUUUUUGAUGUUAUUGUCAAUUUGUUUGCCAUUUGUACACUUGAAUCGCUUUGCCAAAAUAUAUUUGAAAUUUUAAAAUUUGCAAAUUCAUUUUUAACAUUUCAGCCGUUAUUUUUGAUGAGAUAUCCAAAUAAAAAAAAAUGCCAUUUUGUAAUAGAUUUGACCCAAGAAAAUUACUCAGAUCAAGGAAAUUAGAGGAAAAAUCUUAUAAAAACGGUUUGAGGCACGGUAUUUUUAACGGAGUCUAUGAUAAAUAUACAGGAGCUUGGAUACAUGAUAAAAAAACGGGAAAAGGAGCUAUGUUAACAAAACACAAAGAUUUAUACGAGGGCGACUUCCUAAACGAUUACCGCCAUGGCGCAGGCGUUUUAGCAUACUAUCUUCCGAAGUAUAAAGUAUUCAGAUUAUCCUACAGAGGCGAUUGGAAAUAUGGAAGAAUGCACGGAGAAGGAAUUCGAUCAUAUCCUGAAGGUUUUUAUGUAGGCUCUUUUCAAUAUGGAAAACGACACGGCCUUGGUCAAAUGUAUUACAACGAUGGAGCUUAUUAUGAUGGCGAAUGGGUAAAAGAUCAACGGCAAGGAGUAGGGAUGCUUGUACUACCGAAUGGAAACAGAUACGAAGGCUCUUGGUUAAAUGAUCAGAAACACGGCAAAGCGAGGUUGUAUUUCUUGAAUGUGGGACAAAUUCAGAUUGGAGUUUGGAGAUUAGAUGUAUGUGUUUGGAGUACCAUUUCAAAUCUACCGUUUAGACAAGCUGCUCUUGCACCAACACUCUAUCCUUUGCCGGUGAACACUUUGGAAGAUUUGCAACGAGUGUGCGACAUGGGUGAGCAAAUGGCAUUGACAAACGAAGGAUCUGCUGAUAUAUUGGUGCAAUAUCAUUAUGCUGGAAGCACUGCUGAUUCCGAGAAAGACGGAUCUUGCAUAUCAACUAGAUUCCAGACCAUGAGUGAGAUGAAAAAUACAUAGAAUCAGCUCGUGGAUGUGUUAUCUGUUCUUAUGAAUAAAUUUAAUGGCAAGACAAGAUUUAUAUACAUUAUUUUGUUUAAUAUAUUUUAUUCAGUAAAAUCUC